AUGAGCGUCGGCAAAGCCAUCGGCUGGUCCUCCGGCGCGUGCGCGCUCUUUGGUCUCCAGAACUACCUCAUUGGCGCUACCAACUCAAUGCCAAAGGACGAUUUUUGCCGGACGGUCGGCCUGCUGUGGUUGUCCACGGGCACCUGUGGCGUAGCGCUCCUCCUCCGCAGGCCGUCGCGAGGUGUGUUCUACUGCGACUCGCACGAGCAUGGCGGCCCACCGCAGCGCAUCGGCUGCAUCCCAAAAUUAGCGACGCUCUCUGGUGGCCUUGCGCUGGCCACCGCAGCCCUGUUUAUGAAGCUCAGCUUCGCUGCAGAUCCGGACGCGCAAGGGCCACUUUGUUCGGUCGUCUGCGCAGAUGUCAUCCUCGUAUCGCUCCUCUGCCACUUCUUCUAUGACGAACGGCUCUCGCGCGCACAGUGGCUCUCUGUUGCUGCCGUCUUUGCCGGGGCAAUGGUAAGCUUUGGCGCGUCUGUCUUCUCUGUGAGGAUUGCAUCGGCUGGAAAUCUGGCUGCCUCGAGCGGCUUCAUCGCUCGGGCUCUCGUGAUGGGCAAAGCAGCCGUGCCGCUGCUGCUUCGGGCGAGCUGGGAUGGCGCAGAUCGAAUUAGCAUCGGCCUGCCCCUCAUUUGCGGACUCCUCCAGGCGGGAGGGGUCUACGCAAUCAAUCAGGCGCUCUCCGUCGGCCCGUAUACGAGCAUGUCGAUCGCCAUAUUCGGCAGCAACUCCAUCGUGGUCCUGCUCCUCGCCGCCGUCAUCGAGGGUCGCGUGCCGACGGCGGGAGCUUUGAAUGGCGCUCACCGCCGCCGGUUGCGUCUCCAUCUCUGUGGCAGCGCGUGGGCCAACCUCGAAGGCUGA